AACACACCUUGACUUACUCGAGUCACAACAAAUCGGCCCGGAACUGAAGCCAACAAAAACUAUUCUCUUUAUAAGACGUGACUUUUUGCGGUCCGUCCCAGUUGCAAGCCAGCGUUGGCUUGUUGUGUUUGUCACCAUGUUGGCCCAAUGUUUGGUGUUGGCUUUAGCAGUGUUCAGGGUGGAAGGUGCUAUGAUGAAUAUGAGCUGUCCUGAUGUGACUCCAAGGGAAUUGGAUUGGAAAGCGCUGGACGGCAUCUGGUACCUCACAGCCAUUGCCACCGAAGACAUGGUGGUCCAAGGCGACUGUGCCACCGUACUAUUCGACCAUCAGAACACCACCGAUGUCUCCAUCAGCUGGAUCACCAACAAUACUGUGACAUAUUACAACGGGUCCGUCGCUCUGAUACCGGAUCCCAAUAGCAAUAGUACUGGGGAUCUAUUGCUUGUUACUUAUGAUGAUGACAAGACUGAAACCUACUCGUUCUUGGACGUGAAUUACGAACACUAUGCCGUCAUCUUCGCUUGCUACAAUAAUGACGAUGGAAACAGCAGUACUUAUGAAAUAUGGAAGCUUACCCGCACACCGCAUCUGAAAGACACAGACGCCGAGAAACUGGACAAGGCAAUUGCAAACUACAGCCUACAGGACACACAGUUUUUCACCUUUAACAACACAGAAGAUACUUGCAGGGUUAACAGUGGACAUCAGCUUGAUACUUCAACCCUUGUAGUGACGUCAGCAGCCGCGCUUGCGUUAUUCAGAAGGUUUUAUUAAUAUGACGUAGUUCCCGAAAACAUAAACGUUAGUGUCUCUUAAAAUAACUGAAAACAGAACUAACUGGGUUGAGGUCAGAUAGGCAGUCGCUCCUUGUAAAACACUGGUACUCAGCCGAAUCCGGUUAGACUGGGAGCCGACCCCAACAUAGUUGGGAAAAGGCUCGGGAGAUGAUGAUGACUUUGAAAAUGGAACUUGAAAAUUCAUAGCGGCAGUUGUUUUAAGAGAACUGAAGUUUGUAUGUCGGUGAACUUGGCCACUAAUAUGACAGAUGUUGUUUUGAUUUUCGAAUGCACCGAUAAAAAAAUGUGAUAUUCUUUUGAUAGAGGUACGUUUUCGAAGCGAGCUGCUUACUGCAGCUGCUGACCGCACGUGCCCCAGUUGCACCAUUGCUUUGUAUGUAUUUAUUAUGUGGUCAGUAGUUGCAGUCGGCGGCUCGUUUCCAAAACGUACCUUAAUGGAACACGGAUUUAUUUGAAAUAUAUACGGACUUUUCCCUGUUCAACAGGACAAAAUUUAAAAAGAUGGGUAUAGUUUUCCUGGUCUAGUACUUAUUUAAAAAGUGAACUUUUUCACAUUGUACAUUUACUGGCGUAGGUACUGGAGUAAAAUAUUAAUGUAAUAAUUUAUUUUAAGUUUAAGAAUAAACAUUAUUUUGUUUGAA